AUGAGUCUUAGACAUACGUGGCCUGUGAUCAUAGUCCGAUCCGCCUUUCUUGUACCUACUUUCCUCAUUGGCUGUCUCUUUAUCGUAUUUACCCAGGUUGUGGGUCUUUACGUGUUUCAACACAAUGCACCAUCACGACAAGCAAUGAUAAACAUCACCAAGACCCACUUUGUCAUUCUAAUUACAUUUAUGACCUCGUUGAUCAACCCCACCAAAAUUGCCAUCACGUUGGACAAAUCCGUUCCCAACCCCCAACAAUUUACCGUCGAUAACGGCGGACACUUGCAUACUCUGUUCAAGCCCAAUUCCAUCUUCAUUUCCAACCACCAGAUAUAUACCGAUUGGUUAUUCCUCUGGUUCUUGAAUUACACCAGCAGAUUGAGUGAUUACAUAUAUAUCGUCCUCAAGGAUUUAUCAAGCAUUCCAGUGUUGGGGUAUGGAAUGAAGAAUUACAAUUUCUUGUUCUUGUCGAGAAAAUGGGAAAAGGAUAAGAUCAAAUUGACGAACCAACUUUUGGAAAUUGACGCCAACGCAAGAGGAGUUGGACCGGCCAAUGGUGUCACUUUGGUUUCCACCACCAACACCAAUAAAAUCAGGGAAUGGCCCAAGACAAACCAACCAAGUAAGAUUUGGCCCUAUCAAUUGAUUUUGUUUCCGGAAGGCACUGUUCCUUCAGACAGAACCACUAAAAAGUCUCGGGAAUACAUUCAAGCAAACGGACACGAGCCCAUGAAACACGUGUUGUUGCCUAGAAUUCGAGGGUUGUAUCUUGCAUUAAAGAAGUUGCAAAACACCCUUGAAGUGGUUUAUGAUAUCACCAUUGCUUAUUCUAAUUUGAAAGAGACAGAGUAUGGGGAAGAUGUGUUUUCAUUAAAGAGAUACUAUUUGAAAGGCUAUGGUCCAGAGAGAAUAAAUUACUAUGUGAGAUGCUUCAGCAUCAAGGAUAUUCCUUUGGGUGAUGAAGAAGAUGUCGAUGACAUAAGUCCCGAAGCUUUGAAAAAGUUUGAACAGUGGUUGUUGAACGUAUGGUAUGAAAAGGAUGAACUCAUGUCCAAUUUCUAUAAAUUGGGCCAUUGGGAUAAACCAAAUGAUCCUACUGUUGUUGGUGAUUUCAAAUUGAGAAAUCAAAUUGAGAUUGUUUUACCUUAUUUAUCGGGUAUAACAGCCUUGUUGUUGCUUAGAUUAGUCUAUAAACUUAUCAGGGGUAUGUUUUAA